CGCCCACACGCCCAAGGCUGCCUCAUCUGGCACUGAUUAUCCCCGCUGCUGCCGCUGCCGCUGCCGCUGCUACACUCAGCUGCUGCCUCUGUCUUGAGGACCCCAGCGCCUCUCCCUCGGGCCAUGCUGCCUACUACCACAGCCUCCCUCUUGGGGCCCCUCCUCACUGCCUGGGCUCUGCUGCUGCCUUUCACCCAGGGCCAGAGCCCCAACUACACCAGACCUGUGUUCCUGUGCGGAGGGGAUGUGACUGGGGAGUCGGGUUACCUGGCAAGCGAGGGUUUCCCUAACCUCUACCCCGCCAAUAAGGAGUGCGUCUGGACGAUAACGGUCCCUGAGGGCCAGACUGUGUCCCUCUCCUUCCGAGUCUUUGACCUGGAGCUGCACCCCUCCUGCCGUUAUGACGCUCUGGAGGUCUUUGCCGGGCCUGGAACCUCAGGCCAGCGGCUCGGACGCUUCUGCGGGACCUUCCGGCCAGCGCCCUUAGUCGCCCCCGGCAACCAGGUGACCCUGAGGAUGACAUCGGACGAGGGCACGGGAGGACGAGGCUUCCUGCUCUGGUACAGCGGGCGGGCCACCUCAGGCACUGGCCCCCGCCCAGGCGCGAGGCGGAAAUGGGUCACCGACCCGCGGGUGGAAUGGGCGGCCUGGGGUUACUGGGACGAGCACCAAUUUUGCGGGGGGCGGCUGGAGAAGGCCCAGGGAACCCUGACCACGCCCAACUGGCCCGAGUCCGAUUACCCCCCGGGCAUCAGCUGUUCCUGGCACAUCAUCGCGCCCCCGGACCAGGUGAUCUCACUGACCUUCGGGAAGUUUGACCUGGAGCCCGACUCCUACUGCCGUUACGAUUCGGUCAGCGUGUUCAACGGCGCCGUGAGCGACGACGCCAAGCGGCUGGGGAAGUUCUGCGGCGACACAGCCCCGGGUCCCAUCUCCUCCGAAGGGAACGAGCUCCUCGUCCAGUUCGUCUCGGACCUCAGCGUCACGGCCGACGGCUUCUCGGCCUCCUACAGGACCCUGCCGCGGGGCGCCACCUUAGGAGGGCCAGCCCGGAGCCCGGGGGAGGACGCCUGGCCGAGUCCCCCGCUCCUCGGCCCGGGCCCCAAGCCCGGAGCCGGGCCCAAAGUCAAGCCCGAAGUCCCACCUGAGGAGAAACCGAAGGCCGCGCCUAAGGCAGAGGCAACUCCGGUGGGCCCCGAUGCAUCCAGUGUCUCCUGCCCAAAACAGUGCCGGCGGACAGGCACCUUGCAGAGCCACUUCUGUAACAGCGACCUGGUGGUGACGGGAAUGAUGAAGUCCAUGGUUCGGGGCCCAGGGGAGGGCCUCACAGUCACUGUCAAUCUCACUGGUGUUUACAAAACCGGAGGCCUGGACCUGCCCUCUCCCCCCACUGACACCUCCCUGAAGUUUUAUGUGCCCUGCAAGCAGUGCCCCCCCAUGAAGAAAGGAAUCAGUUAUCUGCUGAUGGGCCAGGUGGAAGAAAACAGAGGUCCGAUCCUUCCUCCAGAGAGCUUCGUGGUUCUCUACCGGCCCACCCAGCACCAGAUCCUCACCAACCUCAGCAAGAGGUGCCCCUCCAAGACUGUUCAGGCUGCUGGAUCCCAAGCCUGAGCCCAGGCCAGCCUCCGGACCCUGGCCCUAUGGACCCCUUUCUAAUCCAAAUAAAUGUUUCUAGACUUGA